AUGUACAAUAAAUCCAUCUACAUUACAUCAUCCCAAUGGUUCAGUGAUGUAGAAGAUGAUGAUAAUAUUGAAAAUUUGGAUGAUCCACAGACAGCCAAAUGCCUUACAUUUACGGAAUUCCAAAGUAUGAAGAACAGAAACUUGGAAGAAUUGAUGAAGUUUUCAAAUAUUGGCAUUUUCAGAGAGGCUCUAACAGAUUGGGUGGUAAGAAAUGGAUAUGAGUUAGAAUAUAAAAAAAAAAUGAAAGGAAGUGAGUCACUGCAGGAUGCAAAGAAUCAGGUUGUAAUUGGAGGAUUCAUGCCUCUGUUGUACAAGAUAAAGAUAACCACAUGGGAACACACGUGUUCCAAAAGAAGGGUGAACAAGCAUGCCACUGCCAAGUACAUUUGUAAAAAAAUGGAAUAUGCCAUCAAAGAAAAUCUAGAUGUCCCCAUUCAGAAACUUGGAUACUCUGUUUUGAGAAAGGUCGGUGUAGAAGCUGGGUACUUGAAGAAUUUGAGGGCUAAAAUGGCAGCCCUUGAUAAAAUCAGAGGUAAAGAUGCUCAAGAGUACAAUCAGUUGUGGGAUUACUGUGAGACUAUCCUCCCAUCUUUGAAAGAAUGUACUUUAUUUAGUUUGCCCUCAAUGAUGAUGGGUUUUCUAGCAGGUUGUAUGCCACUGAUUGGGUUGGAUGAUUGUUUUCUGAAAACACCACAUGGAGGCCAGCUACUUUGUGUAACAGGGAGGGAUGGGAAUGAUAACUUGUUUCCCAUUGCCCUGGCUGUUGUCCCAGUUGAGAACAUGGAAGCUUGGAAUUGGUUUUUGACAGAAUUGCUUGAUGAAAUUGGAGGAGUUGAAGAACAAAAGUGGACUUUCAUCUCUAAUAGGCAAUAA